CCGGCCACCGGGUGGUGGUUCGCGUCCGGGUUGGCCGAGCUGCGAGAGCGACCUCUCCUCCUCCUCUUCUCCUCCUCUUCCUCUUCUUCCUCGUCUCGUCUAGUUCUACAUCGCCUUCCUAUCGCCUCCGCUGCGGAAAGGCUCUCCCUUUCCGAGCUCUUCCCGAGCUCUCCUGCUUGUUCUUGGGGCCGGGGAAGAUUCUUGCUGCUCUGAAUCAGAGGUCAAGUAGUAUAUCAUCUGUGAGUUAAGGAGGAUGGCAGGAGUUGGCACUCAGCCGACGAGCCUCAGGAAGUAUCUUGGAGCCCUCAAGGACACCACAACUGUGAGCUUGGCAAAAGUGAACAGUGAUUAUAAGGAAUUGGAUAUUGCAAUUGUGAAGGCUACAAACCAUGUUGAGCGUCCAUCAAAGGAGAAGUACAUAAGAGAAAUUUUUUAUUCCAUUUCUGCUUCAAGGCCACGAGCAGAUGUAGCUUACUGCAUCCAUGCCCUUGCAAGACGUCUUUCCAAGACACGCAAUUGGGCGGUUGCAUUGAAGACAUUAAUUGUCAUACAUCGCGCCCUUCGAGAGGUCGAUCCCACUUUUCGUGAAGAGCUUAUCAAUUAUGGCAGAUCUAGGUCCCAUAUGCUAAACUUGGCCUACUUUAAGGAUGAUUCUAGUGCAGGAGCUUGGGAUUUUUCUGCUUGGAUACGCACUUAUGCUUUAUAUUUAGAAGAGAGACUUGAAUGUUUCCGAGUGCUGAAGUAUGAUGUGGAGACAGAUCCUCCGAAAACUCGGGAUCUUGAAACUGGUGAUUUGCUUGAUCAUCUGCCAGCAUUACAGCAACUUCUUUUUCGGCUCCUUGCUUGCCAGCCACAAGGGGCAUCAUCUUACAAUGUCAUAAUCCAGCACGCACUUUCAAUGGUUGCUCUGGAAAGUGUUAAGAUCUACACUGCUAUUAGUGAUGGUACAAUUAAUCUGGUUGACAAGUUCUUUGAGAUGCAAAGAAGUGAUGCUGUUAGGGCACUUGAUAUAUACAAAAGAGCAACUAACCAGGCUGAAAGACUAUCAGAGUUUUAUGAAGUGUGUAAAACGAUACACAUUGGGCGUGGUGAGAAGUUCUUAAAAAUCGAACAGCCUCCAGCUUCAUUCUUAGUAACCAUGGAGGAAUAUGUGACAGAAGCUCCCACUGUAGCUCAAAAAGAUAAGGUACUGGCAAUCGAAUACAAGAAAGAGGCAGAGGAGGAAGAAAAGCCGGCAUCGCCUCCUCCCGCUCCAGAGCCAGAACCAGAACAAGAACCAGAGCCAGAGCCUGAACCAGUAAAAGAGGAAGCACCUAAAGAGGAGCCAACAGAUUUGCUGGGUCUGAACGAACCGAACCCUGCCGCAGCCGAGAUAGAGGAGAAGAAUGCUUUAGCCCUUGCCAUUGUUCCGAUAGAUGAUGUACCUAAAGUUGCACCUGCUCAAAAUGGAGUCACUGGCUGGGAGCUGGCCCUUGUCACCACACCCAGCUCAAACGAAACUGCUAUUACUUCAAGCAAGAAGCUGGCUGGUGGACUGGACUUGCUCACGCUCGACAGCCUGUACGACGACGCGAACCGGAGAGCGAGCCAGCCGACGAGCUACAACCCAUGGGAUGUCAACCCCGGCGUCGCCGGCGCCGGCGCCGCCCCGAUGAUGCAGCAGCCGAUGAUGCACGACCCGUUCUACGCCUCCAGCGGCUACGCGGCGCCGCACAACGUGCAGAUGACCGCCAUGGCGCAGCAGCAGCAGGCCUUCAUGCUCCAGCAGCAGAUGAUGAUGGCCGCCGCCGCCGCCGCCGCCGCGGCGCCCCCGCCUCAGGUGUUCCACCACCACCAGCAGCAGCAGCAGCAUCUCCAGGCCAACCCGGCGAACCCGUUCGGCAACCCGUUCGCCGCCGCCGCAGCCGCCCACCACCCUUACGGCGCCGCCGCCGCCGCCGGCAACGGCUACACGGGGCUCAUAUGAUGAUCAUCAUCCAGCUCCGGCGAUGUCGGUCGUCGUCGCACUACUUCCAAUGUCGAUUCUUUUUUGGCUGGAAAAAUUUGUAGCUUUCUCUCAUUGUUGAUGGUUUGUAGCACACACAGGUAGAAGAAGAAGAAGAAUUCGGUGGUGUUCGUCCGAUUCGGACACGUCACACGUAGGUGCUUGGGGUAAUGUAUGUACGUAUGCAUGUAUGUAUAUGGGUAUGGGUAUUUUUGGUAUUUCUUCAUGUGGGUGGGUGAUUCGGGAUAAGAUUAAUUAUUGGAUUAUUCAUGGACAUUGAUCGAGUACGAUUACAUAAUAAUCAAGAUGUGUCAAUUAUUUGUAGUGUAAC